GGGGUGCACUGCAGCACCAAAUGUGGGGGUUGCAUUGCAGCUGGCGCUGCACGCUGCUGGAGCAUCCCAUGCAAACAUCUGUGCAGCUUUAGGGUUCCCUAUGGGGCGGCUCCUGUGGGUCUUAUGGACGGAUCCAUCAGUGGGGUUGGUGCCCUCACCUCCCUAUGGGCUCCAUGUGUGUGCAAUGCACUUUGCUGUGUGGGCCGUGCCGCUGUGGGGUGCCCCAUCCUGCACCAGCAAAGGGUUAAGCAGGAGGAAUUGCAGCUCUGUCAUCAUCGGGGGCAGUGGAACUGGAAAGGUGAGGCAGGAAGGGAACGCCCAGGCGAGGCCGGGCUGCACUGCUCUGCAUUACACUGCACUGCACGGAGCUGCACAUGGUGCCUGCAGCCCCACACGGCCCACACGGCGGUGCCGCUCCGCAGAGCGCUGAGUCACUCGUGUCCGGUGCAGGAGCCGCUUCGUUCGGGGUCGUUGAGUUGUGAAGGAGCCCCGAGCCCGAGCUCUCCCACGCCGAUGCCAUGGAGGGGGCUCUUCCCACGCUCCCCCCAGAGCUGACGACGCCGGGGCUGAAGAAGGCUCACCCCAACGCCCCCCAUGAAGCAGCCAACACGGCCGUCAUCGCAGUGGUCAUCACUCUGGUGUUCCUCACCCUGCUGACGGUGCUGGUGGUCAUCAUCAUCUACCUGUACAGAAACAAGGGCAGCUACCUCACCUACGAGCAGCCGGCGGCCGAUGCGGACACGGCCGUGCAGAUGGAAGAGGAUCCAUCCAAAGAGAAAGAGGAAUAUUUCAUAUAGGGCCCGACCCGAGCCGCCCCGGGUCCCACCUGCAGCUGCUUUUCUUGCCUUGUUGUCUGUAAUUGAUGAAUUAAAGCAGAGGGAGGUGAAUGAAGCCGCAGCUCCGCACCCAUCCCCUCCCUUUGGGUGUUUCAAUACAACCCGGUGACCAAC